AUGCGACCCUUUGUGGGCCUCGCAGGCCUGCUGCUCGUUGUCGCUCCUACCGUACUCGCUCAAAUCGAGAACGCACCCGACCUGUCCACUGUCACGCAACCAGGAGGCGACGCAGCGACAAACACAGCCGAGACCUCCGCCGCCGAGACAUCACAAGCAGCGGCUUCAGAAGCUGCAACCACAUCGCAAGCCGCCACGUCCGAGACCACCGAGGCCGCAUCAACAGGAGAUGCGCCCUCUAGUACGGCUGCCCAGACAGGGUCUACGAGCGUCUUCAAUCUUGUAGGUGCGCCAACACUGGCCGGUGUCGGUAUCCCGGAUGUCAAAGUCCCAGACACAGCCGGUGCUGCCUUUAUGCAAAAGUCCGAUCUUCCAGAUGGAACCGUCUUCAUCUGCGUCGGUGCUAUUCUCGCCUUCUUCGGUGCGGCGGUGUUGGCGUGGCGCGGUCUCGUUGCGUGGUCGUUGCAUCGUUCUGUCAAGCGGGCGGCCAUGGCUCAGAACAUGGCUGAUAUCAAGGCCAUGUCAGCAGUGCCUGGUAAGAAGCGGGGAAUGUACAAUGUGGUCGGAGCGAGUUCGACCAUGUCUCUGGAUCACCUAAACGCCGCCCCCAUUGGCAAGUCGUCGAAAGCUUUCGCUGGUGCGCCUGCAGCACAGAAAUCGGCAUCGUCCUUGUUCUUCUCUCCAACUGCAGGUGGUGCCGCCGGUUUGCGGGAUUCUGUAGCGGCCCGAUCUUCUACCUAUCUUCCUGCAGGAUACUACGCAUCUGGUAACGCAGCCCCUGCUGCUGGAUCACCACAGAUGUACAUUGGAGGCCAGAACCCCAAUAAUCUCUCAGCGCUCUCCCUCUCCACCCCAGGAAACCGAUUUAGCGCAAGAUCUGGUAUGUCACCGCCGGAAUCGCCAUCACUGCCACCGUCACGCGGAGGGUAUGCUCGCGCGCCACCAUCACGAGACGGCCUAUCUGUAUACAACCGUAACAGCGUUGCAACUCUCGGCCAACCCGGUAAUACGAGAAGCAUCUACGGCCAAGACGGCCACGCCGUAAGCCAGUUGUCGCUGAAUGUACCUGGCGGCACGAAUGUCCCUGGCGGCCGCACUCCCAGUGGUUAUCUAGACGAUCUAUUCGAGAACCACGGCAACGGAUCAAGAGAACGAUUCUAG